AUGGCCAGAGAAUGUGCGGAGCCCGGCGUCCCGCGCCUCUGCUCUGGACUCCACAGUCUUCCUUAUAACACUACAGUAGUCUCCCAGGAGGGAUCUGGGCAACCUCGAUUCCUCACCGAGGGGCAUUUCAAUGGAAAGCCCUUCCUGUACUAUGACAGUGAAAACGGCCAGGCAGAACCUUGGGGACCAUGGGCAGAAACCCACCUGGGAGCUGAGAAUGACUCUGGCUUGCACUCCUUCCAGGAGAAACUGGGCUGUGAGAUCCAAGAAGACAGCUAUCUCAGGGGCUUCUGGAAUUACUCCUAUGACGGGGAGCCCUUCUUCUCCUAUGACCUGGAGACCCAGGCAUGGACAGUGUUCAGGCCCUCAGCCCAGACCUUGGCAAUGACAACCAAAAAGACCUGGGAUGCACUUCCCAUGACUCAUGAGCCCUCCCAGCCACCUCCUCUCCCCAGCAAGACCCCAUCCUCCUACCAGCCUAAGGGAUUGGGGUUCCAUGGCCCCAAACAGCCUGUGAGCAACAUGGAGCUAGAGGGCUGGGCGUGA